AUGCCCUUCAGAAUGCCCUUCAGAAUGCCCUACAGAAUGCCCUUCAGAAUGCCCUACAAAAUGUCCUUCAGAAUGCCCUACAGAAUGCCCUACAGAAAGCCCUACAGAAUGCCCUUCAGAAUGCCCUACAGAAUGCCCUACAAAAUGUCCUUCAGAAUGCCCUAUAGAAUGCCCUACAGAAUGCCCUGCAGAAUGCCCUACAGAAUGCCCUACAAAAUGUCCUUCAGAAUGCCCUUCAGAAUACCCUACAGAAUGCCCUUCAGAAUGCCCUACAGAAUGCCCUUCAGAAAGCCCUUCAGAAUACCCUACAGAAUGCCCUUCAGAAUGCCCUACAGAAUGCCCUUCAGAAAGCCCUACAAAAUGUCCUUCAGAAUGCCCUACAGAAAGCCCUAUUCUGUAGGGCCCUUCAGAAUGCCCUACAGAAUGCCCUUCAGAAUGCCCUACAGAAUGCCCUUCAGAAUGCCCUACAGAAUGCCUUGCAGAAUGCCCUACAGAAUGCCUUGCAGAAUGCCCUACAGAAUGCCUUGCAGAAUGCCCUACAGAAAGCCCUACAAAAUGUCCUUCAGAAUGCCCUACAGAAUGCCCUUCAGAAUGCCCUACAGAAUACCCUUCAGAAUGCCCUACAGAAUGCCCUUCAGAAUACCCUUCAGAAUGCCCUACAGAAUGCCCUUCAGAAUGCCCUGCAGAAUGCCCUACAGAAUACCCUUCAGAAUGCCCUUCAGAAUGCCCUUCAGAAUACCCUUCAGAAAGCCCUACAGAAUGCCCUACAGAAUGCCCUUCAGAAUGCCCUUCAGAAAGCCCCACAGAAUGCCCUUCAGAAAGCCCUACAGAAUGCCCAACAGAAUGCCCUUCAGAAAGCCCUACAGGAUGCCCUACAGAAUGCCCUUCAGAAAGCCCUACAGAAUGCCCUACAGAAUGCCCUUCAGAAUGCCCAACAGAAUGCCCUUCAGAAAGCCCUACAGAAUGCCCUACAGAAUGCCCUUCAGAAUGCCCAACAGAAUGCCCUUCAGAAAGCCCUACAGAAUGCCCUUCAGAAUGCCCAACAGAAUGCCCUCCAGAUAUCUUGCAAGCUCGGAAAUAUUCUCGCUAGCUGUUGGAGAGGGUGGCUUGGUAUCUGAGAUAGAAUAG